AUGUUCACUCUCAAGUAUCUAUCCAGAUCGUCAUUCAACCAAUUUUCAAGAAGGUCAGCUCAUUUUGACUUCGCAAAGUUCAAACUUUCUCCUGAAUAAAUCUAAAAAAUCUCUAAACAUUAGUCGCCUGUAAAUAUCAAUGAGGAAUCAAGUGAUGUGGUACAUUCUAAUUUUUCAAUAGAGUUCAACUAUAAGCCUAUAAAGAGUACCAAGUUCUAAGAGAUAGAUAGCACACUUAGAUUACAUAAUGAUGAUUUAGGAACUAUCAAGGUUACCGAUAUUGAUGGCAAGGGACCUUACUUGUACAGAGGCUACGAGGUGAGAUUCAACGGGCCAUCAGAACAUAGAAUAAACAAUAAAGCUUUCAACAUGGAGAUGCAAAUCUUCCAUGACUUGGUUGAGGGACCAAACAUGGAUCAGUAUGAUGAGAAGAAGGCAGUGGUGUCUCUUUUAUUCUAAAUCGGAGAAACUAACCAUCAUACAAUGGAGCACCUGAAAACAGAUAAGCUAGACACUAUCGACGAGGCAGACCUUGGGGAGAUCUUUAGAGAGUCUGACAAUAAACAUUUCUAUCAUUACAAGGGUACUUUGACAGUACCUCCCACCCAUUAAUUUGUAAACUGGUUUGUACUCAGACAUGUACUUCCCAUUAAGAAGAGUUUGAUUCAAAAUCUGGAGUCUCAUUGCAUUCAUCAAGAGGCGUUCCAUAAUUUUACAACCCUUUAACACCUCUAUGGAAGAAAAAUUGGGAAAAAUUUCAAAUGA